UCUUCUACUAUUAUGAACAAAACUCUCUUCGCUGCCAUUGGUCGUGCCACUGCUGCUAAAUCCGUGUAUGUCCCUGCCGCCUCUCUCCACAGCACUUCUCUUCUUUCUCGUGAAUCCGUGGUUGAUAAGGCCAAGAACGUUGCUGAUAACUUGAACAAGGGUACUGGAGAAAAGAUUGCCAAUACCAUUGAUGGUGCUGAACAAGCUGCCAAGAAUGCUACACACAAAAAGGACGAUCUCAAGAAGAACGUGACUCAACAUGUUGCUAGUGUAAAUAAGGAUUUUGGUAACAAGGUGAGCCAUGUUAUGGACGAAGCUGAAGAGGUGGUGACUGGUAAAGCACAAGAACUUAAGAAGGAAGCUUCCAAAUCUGCUCAAGAUCUCAAGAACAACAAGGCUCCUCAUGCUGAAAAGACCAUCAUUGAGACUGUCAAGGAAGGUGUCAAGACUGUAGAGAAUAUUGUUGAAAAGACCAAGGAAGCUGUGGGUCUUGGUGCAAAGAAGGCCGAUCAUACUGCCGAUGAGCUUAAGGAUGAAGCUAAAUUAGGUGUUAAAAAGGCUGCUAACUAUGUUGAUGAAACCAGAGAAAAGGCCGCCAAAGAGAUUAAAAACAAGUAUUAAUAACAAUAAUAAUCCUUUUUAACUCCUGUACAUAAACUAUCAAUAAAUAAAAUCUUUUUUUAUUUUUAUUUUUC